CUCUGCUCAGUCUACCUCCAGCGUCCAGGGUCCAGGAACCAAGAGAGCCAGUGCAUCCAGAUCUAGGGUCUUCAACAUCCUCUCUCAGCCCUGCCUUGUAGGCGUGACAGUUACCGAAGCCUCAAUGGGGGUUGGAACUUCCAGGUCAAAGCUGGAAUGGCUACCCACUACAAAGUUCUCUCUCCCUCUCAAUUGACCCUGUUCCCUUAAAGAGUUCACUGAGGCUUUUACAAAUCACUCCCUCCUUGAGUCAUCAUGAAACCCUGACAGUCACUGCCUGGUGUAAACUCUUAAUCUGCUUUUAUGACCCUGAAAAGAAUUCAAGCUUUGUGACCUUGAUUUGGCCAGAGAAUGGCUGGUUGUAUGUGUAUAAAAACUGGAAACUUCAGAGACUCGGGAUAGGACAAAGAGAGAAUAGUAGAGAAAUGUUUGGAGAGUCCGGAGCUAAGUAUAAGAGCUGAAAAGAAGCUGUAGAUUUAGCACUGGCUUACACAGAAUAAUAAAGUGAAUGGACUGAAAGAGCAUGGUGUGCAUAGAUUUAUUUGAUGUCCUUAAGACUAAAUUUCCAGCUGGUUGUAGAUUCUCCCACAGACCAUGGGACAGGGUUAUUUGUGGCUGGGCCCUCAUAGCCUUGUUAAUGUCUGACACUGGGCACUUAACAUAAAGAAUUGAGACUAUUUGUGCAGAUCUGGAUACAAGGAAGAACAAGGGCAUGGACUCUGCAUCUAGGGAAAAGCUUCUUCCUGUUCCAUCUGACUGCACAACUGAGAGGGCUGAGAAUGAGAGGCCAAUGUGGCUUUUGUGACAAGUCCUGUCGGGCCACAGGAAUCUACUUCUGUGAUGAUGACAUUAACCCCUUCAUGAAAGCAGAGCCUUCAUGACCUCACUGUGUCUCAUCCUUCAUCCUGUCAGCACUGUGUCUUUGGGGAUUAACUUUCUAAUGAGUAAACAUUGAGGAACACAUUCAAAUUAAAGCAAAGGAGGGAUUGAGGUGUUCCCAAUUCUGAGAUAUGGACACCCAGGAGGAUGGGGGCAUUCUUAGAGAUACAGCCCAGAGAAGAAGCAUGGGACUGAGUUCAAAUUCAAAUGGCUUAGAUUUUAUGUGGGAAUAUCAUGUACACAACCCUCACUUCCCUGGUUUUUCCUGACAUCUGAGGGAAAGAAUUUGUCUGUGUCUAGGAAGCCACGUGUGAUGGACCCUACUAAGAACCCAGAUGAAGAAGAAAUGGAUGAUAACCCAAAUUCAUGUAAGCGUCAGAAGCUACAGUCAGAGGAGGGGUGCUCACAAUUUGCACCACUGCAACCCUUCCCUCCAUCUUCUCCUGACUCUCCAAGAGACAAGCCCCUAGAAUCAAUGGGGACUGAAGAUGACUUCUGGGGCCCUACAGGACCUGUGACUACUGAGGUGGUUGACAGUGAGAGGAACCUGUACCGAGUUCAGUUCCCUGUGCCUGGUUCCUACCACUGCCCCAACUCAGGACUCCGCUUUGUGGUGACAAGGGCCGUGACCAUCGAGAUUGGAUUCUGUUCCUGGAGCCAACACCUGGACAAGACUCCCUUGCAGCACAGUCACAUGGUGGCUGGGCCUCUGUUUGACAUCAAGGCUGAGCAGGGAGCUGUGGCUGCUGUGCACCUCCCUCAUUUUGUGGCUCUCCAAGAGGGACAGGUGGACGUCUCCUGGUUCCAGGUGGCCCACUUUCAAGAACAUGGGAUGGUCCUAGAAACGCCAGCCAGAGUGAAGCAGCGCCACACAAUCUUGGAAAACCCAAGCUUCUCCCCAAUGGGAGUUCUACUGAGAAUAAUUCCUGCUGUAGGGCUCUUCAUCCCAAUCACUUCCAUCACAUUGAUCUACUAUUACGUCAAUCUCAAUAAAGUCACCCUUCACCUCUACCUAAUUCCCAAUGACUGCACCAUUCGGAAGGUGACACUGAUAAUCACAAAGGCGGGGCCAGGGUGGGCUGACAGAAAACUUGAGAUGCAGCUGGUGAGCCCCAUGGAGAGAUCCUCUACUUGGAGUGGGAAUGCAAUUCUAUAAAGAGAACAUUGGUGUUUAUGAAUCUGCUCUCUUCUUGGCACCCUCACACCAACUCCCAAGUUGAGUCUCCCCCAAAUGCCCUUAAUGUCCCAUUAUCUCUGCAUAGACUUCUAUGGCCUCUUUCCACCUAUCAGAAGGAAAGGAAAGAUUCUCCAUGUGCAUCAUGUAGCCAACUCCCUUCCUCUAUGGCAGGGACCCUUUUCCCACAAUGAACAUGACAGGAGCCAAUAAUUCAACAGUCUGUGUGACUGAACACAAGGCAGAAGGGUACCCAGGAGUUGUCACCACCCCACCCCACA